ACAACACGUCAAAGAAAUAGAUCACACUCAAAGCAUAUUCAUGAGUGAAGAGAAAAGGCUGGAGACUUCAACUGUCAAAAUGGCGGCUCCUAAGCUCAGAUCUGAAAAGGUUUUCUGGAUCAGGAAAGUUAUUGCACUUUACUCGAUCAUCUUGGUGGUAUGCGUGGGUUAUCCAUGGUUCUUGUAUACUACUUCAGUCCACAGAGCCAACUUGCCUAUUGACGACUUAAAUGAUGCUAUACAGCAGUUAAAUAAUGUACGUGUUUGUACUUCCGUUUUUGUGGAUGCUGAAGAAGAUUUCAUUUCCCAGGCACAACUUGUAUUGGAUUCCAAGUUGGCCACAGAACACCCGGCACUCAAUGAUUAUUGGUCACUUAAGUUGAUCCCACUAGUGGACUCAACUAUACUAGACUCCCGAGAAGACUACCAGGUGUUGUUUGGCAGGGUAGACGAACCUGUGGGCGCUUCUUCGGUAACUCUUGAUGAUAAAGUAUUGGUAUUCGAGAAGUCUUUCAGCGAGAUGGACUCAAGGGCUAUCCAAGAACAGUUAGCAGACGCUUUAGUCAAUGAAGUUUUUGAACAAGAAAUCGAACAUUUUGAAGCCACCAAAUCUUCCCACCCUGAAAAGCUGAACGUGGUGAUUCCAUAUUCUUCCAAGUAUAACUUGAUUUUCUCCUUGUUCGUAGAGGAUGGACACCCAGUCAGCUGGGACACUCAGACGAUCCAAGACUUACUCAGUCCACUUUUGGACAGUCUUCAGCAUUAUGCUAACUUUACCAUCUCCACCCAAGUGCAAUAUUACUCGAAGUUGAACAUCAAAAGUGAAUUUGAUGAAAAAAGUAAUACUUACAAGGUAAAAGAAUCAGACUUAUCAAACUUUAUCAACUUUGGUGAUUGGAACUUGAACACCAACGACAUCAACCCUUCGAUUAAUUUCAUUAUAUACUAUCCUUCCUCCAAUCAUCAAAACCUCCCAAUGGUUAUUGAGAACUCCGAAACGAAUUCUUUUUUGGUACCUCAGUACGGUGGGUUGCACAUCUUCAACAAGAAAAUCGAUAUUUUAACUGAUGAUAAUGAGGUAUACAUUUGUGAUGUUGAGUUAAUUGAAAUCAUGGAAAUCUUCUCCAGCCAGCUAUUCAAGCUCUUGGGGGUGCCAUCUAAAAGCUCCCAGAACUUACCUGUGCGUGUGGACGCAUUGACAAAGCUCUCUAUCUUGAACAACUUGCAACACAGUAUCAAGACAUUGAGCUCUUUGAUCAAAUUGACCAACGAAUUACACGAAAUCUCAGUACCUGAAUUGACAAAGGACUUUGUCAACAAAAGUUUACAGAGUGUGAGAACCUCCAUCCAUUAUCUCAUGCUGCAAAACUUCAAAGGAGCUAUGGUCGAAUCUUCAAUCGCGUUGAAGAACUCGAUAUCUGCUUUUUUCGAUAAAGAUAUCGUCCAACAGGUUUACUUCCCCAGUGAACACAAGCUCGCAGUAUUUUUACCACUCCUUGGACCUCUUUGCUCGAUCCUACUUUUUUCAACAUUAAGGCUCAUUAAAGAACUCAGAAAAUAGGUUUAAAUUAAUACAAACAAUGCAUCUGGUAUUUGCAGCCUAAAUACAAAGACGCGCAGAAAAAUUUUAAUAAGAUAUCAAU